AGGAAAGCUGAGGAAGCGCGCGCUCGGUCUCUCAGCACUUCAUUCACUAAUUCAGUCACAAUUCAUUCAUUCAUUCUGAGAGGAAACGAUCCCGCAGUAACUCAGCCAGCAGCGUCAGUCCGCGGAUUCACAUCAUGUCGUACGAACUGAAGCACGUGUUUGCCAGUCUGCCUCAGAUGGAGAGAGGCGUGGCCAAGGUCCUGGGCGGAGACCCGAAAGGGAACAACUUCCUGUAUACCAACGGGAAGAGCGUCAUCAUCAGGAACAUGGAUAAUCCUGCCAUUGCUGAUGUUUACACAGAACACGCUCACCCGGUCAUCGUGGCCAAAUACGCUCCCAGUGGCUUCUACAUCGCUUCAGGAGACAUCUCGGGUAAGAUCCGUAUUUGGGACACGACCCAGAAGGAGCACCUGCUAAAGUACGAGUACCAGCCGUUCGGAGGCAAGAUAAAGGACAUCAGCUGGACGGAGGACAGCAAGCGCAUCGCCGUGGUGGGAGAGGGGCGAGAGAAGUUCGGCGCAGUGUUCCUGUGGGACACGGGUUCAUCAGUGGGUGAGAUUGUGGGCCACAGUAAGAUCAUUAACAGUGUGGAUAUUAAACAGACCCGUCCGUACAGGCUGAUCACAGGCAGUGAUGAUAACUGCACCACCUUCUUCGAGGGACCACCUUUCAAAUUCAAGUGCACCCUGAGCGAUCACAGCCGCUUUGUGAACUGUGUACGCUUCUCACCUGACGGGAACCGCUACGUUUCGGCAGGUGCUGAUGGACAGAUUUUCAUUUACGAUGGAAAGACUGCGGAGAAACUGGGAACACUGGGCGGCGCUAAAGCUCACGAGGGCGGAAUUUACGCCGUGAGCUGGAGUCCCGACAGCACUCAGCUCAUCUCUGCGUCCGGGGACAAGACGGUGAAAUUAUGGGAUGUGGCGAGCGACACGGUGGUCACCACCUUCAACAUGGGCUCGGACGUUCUGGAUCAGCAGCUGGGUUGCCUGUGGCAGAAGAAUCACCUCCUGAGCAUCUCGCUGUCCGGAUACAUCAACUACCUGGAUAAGAACAACCCCAACCGCCCCCUCCGCACCAUCAAGGGUCACAGUAAAUCCAUCCAGUGUGUGACGGUGCAUCAGGACGAGGGCAAAAGCACCAUCUACUCCGGCAGCCACGACGGGCACAUCAAUUACUGGGACGCUGUGAGCGGUGAGAACGAGGCGAUCGUGGGUAAGGGACACACCAACUCUGUGGUCAGGCUGGUUGUGGACGAGUCAAACGGACUGGUGAGCUGCAGCAUGGACGACACACUCCGCUACACCGACCUGAAGAACAAGGAGUACAGUGCAUCUGAUGUGGCAAAGAUGGACGUUCAGCCAAAGACCGUAGCUGUGGGACCGUCUGGCCUGUCUCUAGCUGUGUGCAUUGGACAGGUGGUGCUGUUGAAGGACAGGAGGAAAGUCUUCACUCUGGAGAACCUGGAUUAUGAACCCGAGGCCGGGGUGAUUCACCCGGGGGGUGCCACCGUGGCAGUGGGCGGAGCUGAUGGAAAGGUGCGUCUGUACUCAGUACAGGGGAACACACUGAAGGAUGAUGGGAAGGUCCUGGAGGCGAAGGGUUGCGUGACCUAUAUGGAAUAUUCCAGAGACGGAGCGUUUCUAGCGGUCGCAGACGAUAAGAAGGUCAUCACUGUCUUCACCGUCGCUGAUGGUUACGCGGUUAAGAACGAUUUCUACGGCCAUCAUGCUAAGGUUGUGUGUCUGUCCUGGAGUCCUGAUAACGAUCACUUUGCGUCCGGCGGGAUGGACAUGAUGGUGUACGUGUGGAGCGUCAGCAACCCCGACAAGAGGAUCAAGAUCCAAGAUGCUCACCGGUUGCACCACGUGAGCGGUCUGGCCUGGCUGAAUGGAAACACGCUGGUGACGACCUCCCAUGAUGCCUGUGUGAAACAGUGGACACUGAAAAUAUAAACGCACGCGCUCGCUCGCUCGCUCAUGCACGGGAACACCGGAGACGAACCUGUCUCGCUCUCUUACUCUCUGUCUGUCUCUCUGACCCCGUCUCUCCUUCUGUUUUUGGGUUUGUGUGUCCGUGUGUCCGUCCUGUCUUCAGUCAGUUCAUUAAAAUCUCUGUAAGGACGUUAAGGUGCUCGUUAUGAUUGUCCUGGAACGAUUAGAAAAGAAUCACAUUCCACUGACGUCAGAGUUCGAUCUCCACCUGAUUAGCGUCCGCACUCGAGCGUCCGUCAGUCAGAACCUCCAAAUUCAGAAUCUGAUUCAGGAAAUCUGAUAGACGUGGAUUUCAGCCCAGCAGUUAUUAUUUUAAGCAGAUGUAAAUCUAACAUGAACUGGUGUGAAAAGUUGAGAUGUGUUCCAAACAUUAUUCUGCUGUACUAACAAAAAUAGUAACCUUGGUGUGUACUCGUUAGAGCUACUGUUUGUUAUGGAUGUGGUUUGGAACACAGCCCUUGUAGCACCCACCAAAAAGUCUCUUGGCAGAAUUGGCUGCGCCUGAGGGAGGGAAGGAGGGGAUCCAUGGAGUUCCUCAUUGCUGCUGCAGUUGGCACCUGUUGACACCUUGGGUGCUACAGCCAAUUCUGGUUGGUUGCACUUCAUUGUGUGACACUCCAGCAUCUGGUGAAAAGAAGUGGUCAGCACUAAAGUGAUGAUAGUCGAGGCUCUCCUCGGUCAGGGCAGCCGUCUGCAGCAGCAGAAGUUCAGGCAGGAUUAGGAGGAACCAGGGUUUUGUUCCUGAUGGAAUGAACCUCCAUCUAAUCCUGCAUUAAUCUAUUAAAGCCUGAGCUUCAUUCAUUCACAUUUACUGAUGAUAUGAAGCACCAUCAACACCGUCUGUACCUGAGACUAAAGAAAACCAAUUAGACCGGCGGGGUGUCCAGUCCCACCCAGUAAGAGUCGCUGUGGCGAGCUACAUCUACUCACGAGCUACAUCUGCUUCCACUUGUUGAUUUAGUUGCUCUUGAUGAAGCUCCUGCCUGGUUGGGAUGCAAACCUGCGGCCACACCGACUCUUUAUGGGUGCGAUCGGAUUCCUCUCGGUUAUUUUCAGUUCUGAUUAAAUGUAUGCGCCUGGGCUGUGUCCCAAUCCACAUGAUACUGCAAUAAACAUAGCUGAAACGAGUGCAGUACGAUGGCUCUCGCUAGUAUUUUCAUAAUAAUUGUGGUUGAAGGUGUGAGCUUCCCAAUAAACUUUAACAAGCAUCAUGUAACAAGCACAACCUUUAAGUUGAAUAAAACUAUGAUUUUAAUUAUUGCCCCCCUUUGGACCGUUCACUGGUGCACCGACCGUCUGCUCAUCCUGCUCUUGCCUACAGUAGACCCUGCUCCACUCACUUUACUACCAUUCUAGUGUGUGUGUGUGUGUGUGUGUGUGUGUGUGUGUGAGAUAAUAUGAUGUGUGUUAACAGUGUGUGUGUUAACAGUUUUUCACAGUAGUGGAUGUGGUUUAUUCUAAUGUCAGCUGAUAAUGAAAUAAAGAUGGAAACUUUGUAUGGA